CCUGGCAACACAACCCAGCAACUCGAGCAUCUCUUCAAAGUAUUUUUAUGAAGUUGGAUAAACUAGCUGGUAAAUAUUGCACCGGCAAAGAAACUGUAGCUAAACUUUUACCUGAUAAGGCACUAGAUUUAGAUGGAUCUGCAGUUUCCGUUAGUGAUGUGGGUGGUUUGGAUUUACCGGACAUGUGCAUGGAGUGUAAUCUUGAUGAAAUAUCACAGAUAUCACAAAUAAUUCCUCUCGAAGAAGGUAUUGCAGCACAUAAGAAAAAAGACCAUGCAAAAGCUUGGGAAUGUUUUUUAGCCCAUGCAAAGUUAGAAAAUGCAACUGCAAAAUAUUGGAAAGGAUAUUACUUGUGGGAAGGAAUUGGAGUUGAGAAAGAUCGUGUACAAGCUCGUGAAUUGUUUAGAGAAGCAGCUGAUAAUGGUGGAAUCGCUGAUGCUCAAUUACAUUAUGCAUUUUCAUUAGUUAAUAAUCCACUAGUAAAAUUUGAUCGUGAAAUAUUUUUAAAAUAUAUAACUAAAGCUGCAGAUAAUAAUAAUCCCACCGCACAAUAUAACUUGGGAGAGGUGUAUUUUUAUGGUAAACUUAAUCAAAAAAAGGAUAAAGAAUUAGGCAUAAAAUAUUUAAGAUUGGCAGCUCUCAAUGAUCAACCUAAAGCUAAAAAGCUUUUACAAGAAUUGGGGAUUAAUGGGUACUAA